AUCCGGAGCCGCCCCCGUCGCCGUGCCGUCCAGCCCCUCCUCCUGCAGCCACCCUACCCUCCCUCCGCAGCCAGGGGGUCCCGGCCUCGCCCUCGCCCUGACUCCCCGUCGGCCGGCCCCGGCGACCGGACGAGGAAGCCCGGCAGCGCCACCAGUGGAGGGUUCAUUGUCGUCGCCCGGUCCCAGAUUCGCGUGAUCCACGCGAAUCCGGCCCCCGUCGCCUCCCCGCGCCCAUCGCCCGUCGCUCGCUCGUCGCCUCGUCGUCGGUGGUGGUGGCUCCGCCCUCCCCCUCCCUCCGCGUCGCCCAGGUCGAGCUCGUCCUCCUCCCCUCUCCCUAAGUUGGAUGAGGGGGAGGGAGGACGACAUGUCGCUCGUCAACGGCGGCGCCGUGCCGCUGCGCGUCCCCGAGGCCGCCGCCGGCCCGGCCGUGCUGGUGAAGAACCUCUACCUCUCCUGCGACCCCUACAUGCGCGGCCGGAUGCGGGACUUCCACGGCUCCUACAUCCCCCCGUUCAAGCCCGGAUCUGUUAUAGAAGGGUUGGGCGUGGCAAGAGUGGUGGACUCCACUCAUCCGGGGUUCGUCGCCGGCGACAUUGUUUCGGGAAUGACUGGCUGGGAGGAAUACAGCCUGAUUGACAAGCCUGAACAGCUGAACAAGAUUCAGCAAAGCGACAUACCACUCUCCUACCAUCUGGGGCUUCUCGGCAUGCCUGGUUUUACAACUUACGUUGGAUUCUAUGAAAUCUGCUCACCGAAGAAAGGAGAGUUUGUCUUUGUUUCUGCUGCAUCUGGAGCAGUUGGUCAGAUUGUCGGUCAACUUGCAAAGCUCCAUGGCUGCUAUGUUGUCGGAAGUGCUGGAACAAAUGAGAAACGUAAGACUGGGUGCACCUUAAACUGCAAGUGCAAGGAUUGCCGUAAUCCCUUUGGGGCCAGAGAGGCUGGUGUGUCCAACGCUAGUCCAGGAGAAACCACACCACCAUCAAGCACUGGAACGAAACCCGACCGAUGCCAUUACAAGGUAAACAGAUGCAAAAAAGCGGGGCUGUUACUGUGUGAAGCACAAGGUCAGGUGCACCUCAUAUUGCAAGUGCCUAGGGUGUGACAAUCCCAAGGGGGUCAAAGGAGGUGAGUUGAACACCGGAUCAGGAAGUGCUGAUGGCGUAGGCAACAUACCUGACGAAGCAGUGCAAACGACCACACCAUCAAUUACUGAACCAGGUCAGGUUGAUACUACCAGCAUGGCAUAUUGUCCGGAUCAACCCUCACGGCCUAUGAGCGAGUGACCAGGAUUCUAGGUAACUGAGGUAAGUUUGCGCCUCCGCUUAUCUGUGCAGUUUGCUGGGAGAAAUCAAUGUUCAGUUGAGAGUUAGUAACCCUGGUGAUCUACUCCUUUUGACUUGUCCUGUCCAAACAUGAGGAAUCUUCAAGAAUGAUGGAAAAGUAGAUGGUUUACCAAAACUCAUUGAAAGUGUUGUUAUUGUAGACAUGUCUUUAUCAUCUGAUGUCCUUUAAGGCCUAAAGGGUUGUUCCUCCACUAUUCCUUUUCAUUGUCAGAACUCAGUAGUGUCAUAUGCAGGAGGAAAUUUGAAACAAGUAGAUUACAGCAUUGCUUAGCACUCAUUUUGUUGUACAAUGACGUUGCUGAAGUCCUUUUGUUGUUAGUUGCUGCUGUCAAGGACCAUGAUGCUUGCAUCGUCCUCACAUCCACCAUCUGGUGGACAAUGGAAAUGUUAACACAUGCUACAACGAGCUCUGGGCCAACCAACUAAUAAGUUCCAUAAUAUAAUUUAAAUUUGACUGCUCUAGUCUGUGUCCUUUGUUAGUUCAUGAAUACUGUCAGUUAACCUAAACAUGCGGUCUUUAUUAACAGCAUUGCAUUAUUAUUUACUUUCACGCCAUCCUGCUAACUUUGGUUAUUGUCUUUAAAUUAUGAAAAUAUUGCUUCAAGACUAUGCUUCAUGGUUAUUGUAGAGGAGCUCUUCUGCUCAGGUGCUACACAAACGGAAGCAUUCCGUGGAUACUGAAGGUGCCCUUGCAGUUGCAGAACACACAGUGCAAACUGAACCAUUGGCUAGUGACACCAAUACACAGACAAUUUCAUCUCAGACUGAACUAAAUACAAAGGAGCAUCAGGCUGCAACAGUUAUUCAAUCAGCCUUUCGAGCAUUCUUGGUUGCCACGCGGAUGCUCUUUGGACUACGAUAUGGACAUGAAGACAUUUGUUUUAGUGCCAAAUAUUACUUACUAAUGCCCACAAAGUAUCGUU